AUGAUCUAUGCCUAUCGAGAGGAUAUCAACUCUGACAUCUCCCCUGCGGGUAACAAGCUUCGGAAACUCGCCUAUGUACUCCCACAUGCAUUUAGCAAUCCAAAGUUGAAGUCAUUAGUCACAGUUGGAGGUGUGCAAUCCAAUUGCUGUAGACAAGCAGCAGCAGUGGCAGCCAAGCUGGGACUGAAAUGCAUUGUGGCUCUGACACAGGACGUUGACCCACAGCAUCAGAGCAACAGGCUGUACAACGCCGUAGGAAAUGUACAACUUGAAAAGCUGUUAGGUGCGGAUGUGAGGGUUCUUGGCCCGUCACGAGAUGGAGCGCAACACAGCGCAGAGGUCGACAGAGGAGAAUGGUUUAGUUUGGUGCACGGACUAAGUCAAGAGGAUGAAGAGGGGGCGUACUUCCUGUCUCAAGGCGCCAGUGGAAACCCUGGCGCCGGCGUUGGCUACGCUAAAUGGGCAUUCGAAAUGCUCGAAAAAGAGUCCUCUCUUCGACAAGAUGGCGUACUUAAUGGUUCCGGGAUAUUUGACACAAUCGUCGUGGCGUGUGCGACUGGAGGCACGCUCGCAGGGAUGGUAGCUGGAAUGCGCCUUGCGGAGGAGAAGGGUUACAUAAACCCGCAGAGUCGGCAUCGGAUCAUAGGAAUCGAAACCUUCGCGAAAGACCCACGUAGCCAGAGGGAUGUUGUCCUGGGUCUAGCCAGGGAUACCGCGGCACUUAUCGGAUUGAGGAGAGAGGACAUCAGAGUUGGAGAGGUGCACGUCGACAGUCGGUGGACAGCUGGUGGAUAUGGGAUAUAUGAUGAGCUCACAAGACAGACGAUCAAAAUGGUAGCAAGAACCGAGGCCAUGCUUCUGGAUCCUGUAUAUACUGGGAAAGCGAUGGCAGCAGUCGUUGAGGGUAUCCGGAAAGGCGAAUUGCACGGCAACAUACUCUUUGUGCAUACUGGAGGCAGUGCAGUUCUACCUGCUUACUUAGGUAUCGAAGAGGACUAA